GCAGCGCAUAAUAAGAGAGAGAAUAAUGAGAAACCGUUAAUUCCGUUAUAACUUAUAAACAUAAGUCUCUUCAUCGCGUCGCCGGAAUCGGUCUUCGAUCCCAUUGGAAAACCAGAUUUCCGACACCGGAGGAAAGGAAAGAAGCACCGAUCGGAUAGAAUCGUUGCUGUGGUUAUCGCUGACGAAAGAGAAAUGGUGAACUCGUUAGUUGAACGUGCCACGAGCGACAUGCUGAUUGGUCCUGAUUGGGCUUUGAACCUUGAAAUCUGUGACAUACUCAACCAUGAUCCUGGGCAAGCAAAGGAUGUCGUUAAAGGCAUAAAGAGGCGGAUUCGAAGUAAAAAUCCUAAAGCUCAACUCCUUGCAUUAACUUUGCUGGAAACAAUUGUAAAGAACUGUGGAGAUACUGUUCACAUGCAUGUUGCAGAGAAAGAGGUUCUUCAUGAGAUGGUGAAAGUAGCAAGGAAAAAGCCUGAUUCUAAUGUCAGAGAGAAGAUACUGAAUCUUAUUGAUACUUGGCAAGAAGCCUUUGGAGGGCAAAGAGCAAGAUAUCCUCAAUAUUAUGCUGCAUACCAAGAACUGUUGCAUGCAGGAGCAGUAUUCCCUCCAAGAUCUGAAAGUUCUCCACCUGUAUUCACACCUCUACAAACACGUCCAUUGACAUCACAUCCACAAAAUAUCCGCAACUUUGAUGUGCAGGGGGACACAGCUGGGUCAUCAUCAACCGGGUCAUCAACCGAGGCUGAGUUUCCAACCCUAAGUUUGUCUGAGAUUCAAAACGCACGUGGUAUCUUGGAUGUUCUUGCAGAGAUGCUGAAUGCAAUAGACCCUGGAAAUAAAGAAGGGCUUAGACAGGAGGUUAUAAUUGAAUUGGUGGGCCAGUGCAGAACUUACAAACAGAGAGUGGUACAUCUUGUUAACUCAACUUCUGAUGAGUCACUCCUAUGCCAGGGUCUAGCUCUUAAUGAUGAUCUACAACGUGUACUGGCCAAGCAUGAAUCCAUUGCUUCAGGAACUUCUAAUCAAAAGGACAACGAGAAACCAAAGCCUGAAACUCCUGGAGCACUUGUUGAUCAUCCUCUGGUUGAUACUGAAGAUGGUGGUAAACAAAGCGAUGAGAGAUUACCAUCUAAUGCUGAAGCUGAGUCCCAGACAUUCAACCAAUUACUACUUACUGCACCCCCAACGGCAAAUGGUUCUGCUGCCCCUUUGAAUGUUAAUGCCAAAUGGGACCUACUCAGUGGUGAUGACUAUAACUCAUCACCAAAAGCUGAUAACUCACUUGCUCUUGUUCCUCUAGGAGAACAGCAGCCAGCCAGUCCAACACCUCAUCAGAAUAAUGCACUUGUUCUUUUUGAUAUGUUCUCUAAUGGUAACAAUGGACCUACUCCAAUUCUUGGCCAACCAAAUUCAUUAUCCCCCCAAUUUCAUCACCAGACUUUCAUAUCUCAAGGCAUAUUUUAUCCCAAUGUAAAUAUGCCAAAUGUGGGAUCACCUCAUUAUGAGCAACAAUCAUCACCAUUUGCACAAACCACAGCUCCUAUUUGGAAUAAUUCUCAGGCCCAACAACAACAUCAACAACAACAACAACAACCACCACCAAAUUCACCAGCUUAUGGCACACAAAGUGGUGGAUCAUUUCCACCACCUCCUUGGGAAACAACCGAAAAUGGUAGUCCUACAGCAGCCGGCAACCAAUAUCCACAACCAUUACAGGUCACUCAAGUGGUUAUGACACAUGUACAGAGUGCUGGUACGCAUGGUCAAGGACUACCUCAGCCAAUGGGGAAUGAUCAAGCUAUCAGUAUGUAUAUGCAGCAGCCAAAUGCAAAUACCUAUAUUUCAACAAUCAAUAACAAUAAUGCUGGUCAAAGCAAUCAGCAAUUCCCUCAGCAGAUUCAAGGUGUUCCUGGUGGUGCUUACAUGUCUACGGUUCCACAUCAAAUGCAAAAUGGUAACAUGGCUUACAUGUAUCCACAACAAAUGUAUGGCAACCAAUUCGUCGGAUAUGGUUACGGUCAGCAGCAACAAGGGGUUCAAUAUGUUGAGCAACAGAUGUAUGGUUUAUCUGUGAGUGAUGACAAUGGUAUGAGGAACUCUUACCAAGUUUCUGCUACUUCUUAUGUGCCAUCUGGAAAACCUUCAAAGCCAGAGGAUAAGUUGUUUGGGGACCUUGUUGAUAUGGCUAAAGUGAAAUCCCCUAAAACAACUGCUCCUGACCGAGCUAGUAACACCUAGAACUGUUAGGUUUGCAUCUUUAACUUUGUUUGCCACAUGUUCUCCUCAUUCUUUUUCUUUAAUAUUUUACACUUUUCUA